AUGGUAAAAAGUGUAAUGGUAGCUUAUGCCCUGUGGGCAGUAGGUGGACCCCUGGGCCUUCACCAUCUGUAUUUAGGAAGAGACAACCAUGCUCUGUUAUGGAUAUUAACCCUGGGAGGCUUUGGGUUUGGCUGGGUCAGAGAGGUCAUACGUAUCCCUGCUUAUGUUGGUGAGGCCAAUCAAGUUGCAAAGAAAGAGAGAAGAAGAUCAUCUGUCAUAGCCACUCCACCCAUAAGCCCUGUUAGAUUUGCUGGACAGGUGUGUGUUGGGAUCUACUUUGGUACUGUGGCUCUGAUAGGACUGAAUUCCCUCAGUUUCUUCUAUUUGAUAGUUCUGCCUUUAUUUGUGGGUGCAGGGGUACAUCUAGUGUCAAGCGUUGGCCAACAGACCUCUGAUCUUCAAAAAACAUUGACUGCUUGUUUCAUAACAUCCCCAAUAUUCUAUGGCAGUACCUUAUCACCCCUUCCUAUUAGUCUGGCUGCCAGUGUCACGGCUGCACAGCACCGCAGGUUCAAGCCUCCACGAACACCUGGGAAGGCACAGGACCUGGGGCCACGGCUUUACAGGCUCAGUCUGGCUUGGCUGGCAUUCUCAGCUCCACUGGCUUAUUGUGUUUUCUAUAACACCACAGCAACACUGUACUACCUAUCUGACUGUGUAGCAGUAAUGCUGGAUAUUUUCUGGUUUCUGCCAUGGCUCAGAAGUGUACUGGAGUACUUUCUUUUAAUGCCAUAUCGAAUCUUGUGUGCUCUCACUGGAGGAGGGUAUUAUGAAGAGACCUGGAAGAAGGUGCUGGAAAUACUGCUCAAAGAGUACACUGAGAGAGAAAAGGAAGCACUGCAGGUGAGCAUUCACAUAUCUCUGAAAAGGUUAAAAAUCACGAGUUAA